UCUCUCCCUUUCUCUUCCAAAUUUAAACCCCCCAAUCAAACUCAAUUUCAACAUUUUCUCUGUAUCCCCAAUUCCAAAUCUCCCUUUUCAAAUCUCAUCUCCCUUCCUUUUCUUUUCAUCUUUCUGUAAAUUUCCCUUUUUGUUUUCUCCUCAUGGGUUUUGGUUCAAUUUUUCACCGCAAAAAGAAAUCCAAUUCACAAACGCCGUCGUUGUCGUCCUCCAACGGAUCACAAUCUCCCAACGUUGCCACUGCCACGAUGCCCUUUCACAAGCCGACAAUCUCCGCCACCAUCCCGCAAUUCCACGAGCUGGAGCAUGUUUUUAGGAGAUUCGACGCCAACGGCGACGGCAAGAUCUCCGCGUCGGAGCUCGGCGCCAUUCUGGCAAGCCUAGGCCAUGCCACCACCGACGACGAACUCGACAAGAUGAUGAGGGAAAUCGACUCCGACGGCGACGGCUUCGUCGACUUCAACGAGUUCGUCGUACUCAACACCAAGGGCGUCGAUUCGGAGGAGAUUAUGACCAACUUGAAGGACGCGUUCUCCGUCUACGACAUUGACGGUGACGGAUCGAUAACGGCGGAGGAGCUAUUCGAAGUGUUGAAGAGUUUGGGCGAUGAAUGCACUCUCGCCGAGUGUAAGAAGAUGAUAAGUGGAGUUGACAGUGACGGUAACGGUACGAUUGAUUUCGAGGAGUUUAAGGUAAUGAUGAUGACGGGUUCGAGGUUUGAGUAAGAUUCGAUGGAGGGAGAAAGUUGACUCACUGAUUUUUUAGAUUCGAGUUCGAUUCAAGAAAAUGUUUCAUUGUUUUCUCCGUUGUUAUAGUUUCUGGGUUCUCUGUUUUUACUGUUUUGGAGAUGAGAUGCUGUGAAUAUUUUGGAGUUAAUGGAAUUAUUUUUAUAGUUUUAAUUUUAAUUAAUUAGUUGGGUAAGUGUUAAGUAAAAGAAAGGAAUUUUUGUUUGGUGAUGAAGUAUAAUUUGGAGGUC